AUGGCAUACAUCAUCUCCGUCAACGCAAAUAUUACGAGUGACACUGGAGGAACAUGCGUCUGUCCGGCCGAAGACCUUGCAACGGCCUGCGAAAACAACACCGAGUAUCUCCUCUGCAAGCAGGAGGUCAAUCGCGACAUCGUGACCGCAACGGCUGCUAUCGCCGCGAUUGCGAGUUUCUUCCUCGGUCUCCUUGCGAACCUGCCCGUUGCCCUUGCCCCAGGAAUGGGUCUCAACGCAUACUUUGCUUACACCGUCGUUGGUCAUAAUGGCACUGGAUUGAUACCGUACAGUCUUGCAGUGACUGCGGUGUUCGUUGAGGGCUGGAUUUUCCUCGGGUUGACGUUACUGGGUAUCCGACAGUGGCUUGCUCGUGCUAUCCCCGCUUCUAUAAAGCUAGCGACAGGCGCGGGUAUCGGAUUGUACCUGACCUUGAUUGGACUUAGUUACAGUGCUGGUCUUGGAGUUGUCCAGGGAGGCACCGACAGCCCUAUUCAAUUGGCGGGCUGUUCAUCGGAUCAGUUCGGCGACGAUGGGUUGUGCCCUUCGUCUGAAAAGAUGCGCAACCCGACAAUGUGGAUUGGUAUUUUCUGCGGCGGUGUCUUUACAGUCUUCUUGAUGAUGUAUCGUGUCAAGGGUGCGGUGAUUGCCGGUAUUCUUUUGGUCUCCAUCAUCUCGUGGCCGCGUCCGACACCAGUCACCUAUUUCCCCCACACUGUGACCGGCGACAGCUCUUUUGAUUUCUUCAAGAAAGUCGUCACUUUCCAUCCGAUUAAGCACACCUUGGUGGCUCAAGAUUGGAACAUUUCAGGCCAUGGUGGCCAGUUUGGUCUCGCAUUGAUCACCUUCCUGUAUGUCGACAUUCUUGACGCCACAGGUACAUUGUAUUCCAUGGCCAAGUUUGCUGGUGCGAUGGAUGAACGUACCCAGGAUUUCGAAGGCAGUGCAAUGGCUUAUAUGGUUGAUGCGAUUUGCAUCUCCAUCGGCUCGCUGUUUGGUUCCCCACCUGUGACAGCAUUUGUGGAGAGCGGUGCUGGUAUUUCCGAGGGUGGCAAGACUGGCCUGACGUCCUGCAUGACGGGUAUUUGCUUCUUCAUUGCCGUCUUCUUUGCCCCUAUCUUUGCCUCCAUUCCGCCAUGGGCCACCGGCAGCACACUUGUCAUUGUCGGCUCGAUGAUGAUGCACGCGACCCUCGAAAUCAACUGGCGGUAUUUGGGAGACGCGGUUCCUGCGUUCUUGACAAUCGCGAUCAUGCCCUUCACGUACAGUAUUGCGGACGGUUUAAUUGCUGGUAUUCUGAGCUACAUCCUCAUCAAUGGAGGAGUAUGGCUUAUUGCCAAACUGACAGGAGGCCGAAUCUCGCCACCAAACCGAGAGGACGAACACGAGGCGUGGACCUGGAAGAUCCCCGGAGGUUUCUUCCCCCCGUGGCUGGUGCGUGCUGUCCACGGAAAGAAGGAUUUCUGGCGGGCGGAGGAUGAAGCCAACGAUCUUAACUUCGGCGUGAUGCCUCACGGAUCGGUUUCGUCGCAAGACCGCGUGGCUGAGAAGCUCCCAGCCUCGAAGGAACGCGCCGCGGAGAAGUAA